CUCGGUGUCGGUCGGUGUUGCGUGACAAGUGGAGAGCGGAGCAGUGGGUAGUCGGUCGAGCGAUCCGAGUCGAGAGUGUCGGCAGUGUCCCGUUCGCAGCCAUGUUCAAGAAGCGGUCGACACGCACGAAGCAGGGCGACGAGAAUCACAACACCAAGCAGGGGCCGCUGCCGGCGCCGCCGACGACGCCCGCGCCCCCUGCCCCCGUGCAGCGGCCCCAACUCGUCUUCCACUGCCAGCAGGCGCAGGGCUCGCCCACAGGACUCAUCUCGGGCUUCGGCAACGUCAAAGAGCUCUACGCCAAAAUCGCAGAAUGCUACGACUUUCCUUCAGACGAUAUACUCUUCUGCACGCUGAAUACGCACAAAGUGGACAUGAACAAAUUGCUCGGCGGUCAAAUCGGACUAGAUGACUUCAUAUUUGUCCACAGAAAAGGCCGGCCAAAAGAAGUGCAAAUUACGAAAACCGAAGACGCGCUUGGCUUGACCAUCACAGACAACGGCGCCGGCUACGCAUUCAUAAAACGCAUCAAGGAGGGCAGUCUUAUUGACUCUAUGAGUUACAUCCAGGUGGGUGAUCACAUCGAACGGAUCGAUAACGAAACUCUGGUUGGGCGCAGGCAUUUUGAGGUUGCAAAGAUGCUCAAGGAAAUUCCCAAGGGCACCACAUUUACAAUGCGACUGGUCGAGCCCCAAAAAGCUGGUUUUGCCAACAUCGGUCCACGCGGUGACCCAAGGAAAGGGAAGAAGCAAGGUUUCGGCUCUGGGAAAGAAACACUGCGCUUCAAAGCAAACGGCACAGCAGAAGUGGUCGAGGCGGACGACCAAGAGCAAAUCGGCAUCGACAACAUCAACAAGCUGCUGGAAUCGUUCAUGGGCAUCAACGACUCCGAGCUGGCCUCGCAAAUCUGGCAGCGGGCCAAGGGCACGCAAAACAGCAUGGACUUUGCAGAAGCCAUCGACGGCUCCGAUCUCGAGGAAUUCGGAUUCACGGACGACUUUAUCAUUGAACUCUGGGGUGCAAUCACAGACGCCAGAUCCGGCAGGCUCAAGUGACCAUUUUAAAAAACCACCGUCUUUCUUGUGCUCUUUGUAAAUUAAAACAGUUCCUUCUUCUUAUUA